AGCAGAGCAUCUGAAUCAAAAUAUCAAUGUUCAUAUCCUCUCCAAAAGGCUAUUGAACACCAAAAAAACAAACCUUCAAAACUGUAAGAAAAUUAAUCUGACACUACUCCACAAAACACCUAAAAAUGUCAACCGGAGGGAGUCUUUUGGAGCAGUCUGAUUUUGCUCUUCUGGAGUCCAUCAGGCAGCACCUUCUUCUCGACGACAUUUUCGACACCGUCGCGGCUUCUUUUCCGGCAUCAUUUGAUUACACUGCACCUCCUUCCUAUUGCUGGACCUCGAGCUUCGGCGGCCUCUUUAUGGCCGAUAAUUGGAAUGGUCAUUUGCCUUUCAAAGCCGACGAUUCUGAUGACAUGGUGCUCUACGGUGCACUAAGCGACGCCGUUAGCUCCGGCUGGAGCCCCUCCUAUGGAGCCGAUGCUGUUUCGCUGCCGACUGUGAAGGUGGAGACACAGGAGGAGGUCGUGAAUCAAGCGGUGAAGGUGGAGCGUGUGGCUCACGCUCCGACAAGAGGGAUGCAUUAUAGGGGAGUGAGGCGGAGGCCCUGGGGAAAGUACGCGGCGGAGAUUAGGGACCCAAAGAAGAAUGGGGCCCGAGUUUGGCUCGGGACCUACGAGACGGCUGAGGAUGCCGCUUUGGCCUACGACAAAGCCGCUUUCAAGAUGCGCGGCGCCAAAGCCAAGCUCAAUUUCCCUCAUCUCAUCGGGUCGGGUAUAUCGGAGCCCGUUCGGAUAACACCGAAGCGCCGCUUACCGGAGCCUUCUUCUCCUUCAUCGUCCUCGUCCUCCGAAACGGUGUCGUCCAAGCCCAAAAGGAGGUGUGGUGUUGAAUCGGCGGUUAGAACCGAGUCGGAUAAUGAGUCGUCGCAAGUGAAUCAGUUUAGCUGUAAUUCAAUGCUCCCCAAUUUACCAUAGAACCAUAUUUAAUAUAAUAUUAAAUUCAGUAAUUUGUAAAUUUUGAUUUUUCGCCACCGACCAUAAUGUUUGUACAUAUUAAUUAAUUUGAUUAGCCCCGUAACUUAAAAAGUUUGGUUUGCAUUAUCAACA